UUCCUUAAAUUCUACCAGCCCGAUUUAGGUUUUUAUUGUAGCGAAUGCUAAUCCCACACUUGUGCUGGAGCGAAUGAGAAAUAAUUAAUUUUUGCUUAAGAGAUAUUUUCUUCUGCAUGUUUACUCUUAAAUCAUUGAUGGUAAAAGGCGUUGUGUUUUCAGUAUCUAAGGAAUCGAUGCGAUAGGGUGUUUGUCAAUAGAGGGUCCAAAGAAAAUAUGGCUUGGGAGGGUCUUGUGUAAGACAUCUGACCCGUCCUCUCCAACCCAAUCAUUUCCAUACAUCCCCUAAAUAUUCCACAACAAUGAAAACACAUUAGGCACAAAUUCCACAGCGUCCCGUCAUUCCCCCUCAACUUGACCUCCAGCGUAACGUUAGCAUGAGAAACACGGGGGAAGAAGCCAGCGAACUACAGCCGGCGACUAAAUGCGUCCGUUUUAACGCGCUUCAUGGUGUAGGAAAGCACGUAACUAACUAACUAUGUAUGUAGGUGCACGAAGCUAACAGCAGAUAUCCAGUCUGUGUGCCGUGGUUAGAGGUCUAGAUGAGUCCCAAACAGGUCCACCAUGUCAGAUCAUUUGGGCGUUUUGAGGCCUUUUCUACCAUGAAAUGCAAUUUUGGUAGUAAAUGUCAAUAAUGAGACCAUGAUUGUUGUGUUUAAUCACAGAAGAGUCUCCUCUUCCAGUUGACUGUGUGGUUUCUCUGUCAUCUGCUGCGGCUUCGGGGACGCGUGAGAGGUUUUUUAGGCAGAAAUGGGUUCUCCCUUUCUGCUUAAAUGACAUGUUAGACGCUUCUCCACGAGUAGUCUGAUCUAUCUUUAGUGCUGCCCACGGGACAAAUGUUACCUCACUACACACUCCUCACACUUUAUCAGGCCACAGACAUACGACUCAACAAAUACAAUAUCUUAUUGAUUCAGACACAUCAGUUCUGUCUUUUUAUUUAUUUUUUGUACAUUUUGUACUCGUAAUGUGUGACUGGGCACUGACAUCAUUUAUCUUUAAGAAGAAAGACAGCGAGUAAACACUUUGAGACGUGGACUGAUUGAGGUGGGUCUUAAAGGGUUCAACUGCAGAGCGACACACUCUCACACAGUCACACAACCGGCCGGACACUUAUAUGCCGAUUGGUGCUCAGGUCGUGUGUGCGGCCUCACCUGUUUCUGCACACAGCUGCUGCUCCCCGACUUUUCCGCUCCAUUUUUAGCUCAAUGAUUUUGUGCUGUUCAGUCUCACUUAAAUAAUGCCACGCUGCGCAAAAGACAAGACUGUGUUGGAGGUUGCAGCCGUAUAAUAACAUUUACACCAGAAAAGCCCAGCAAGUAAAGACGUUGAAAAUGUAACAUCCUAGAUUACAUUUCCUAGGAUUUUAAUUAUUGAUUAGUCAUGAAGUAAAAAGACAAAAAUAGAGUAAAUCACUAGUUGAUUUGGCUUUAAUACGAUGGGAAAUAUAUAAAUGUGACACAUCCUUUUGAGCACAGCCGAGGCGGCUCUAAAUAUCUCUCCCUGUCAUAGGUAGAGCUCGGCCACAAGCUAUUUGAGGGCUUUGACAGCAUUGUCUCCGCCGUUUGCCGGCCACAUGACACCUGGGGAGCUGAAUGGUGGCGGCAUAUCCCCGGCCUGAGCGGCCAGUUGCUUCUUUCAGUCUGUGACAGCAGCUGCUCGAGCCGAGGCCCGCGCCGCGAUUUGGCCCAGCCGGAUUCCAGCUGAGCCGCAGCCGGCAGGGGGCUACGGGCGGCUAUAUUUAGAGUGGGCCGGCAUUAAAUUGCUGGGUCUUCACUCUGAGAACCUUUCCUGUGCCCUGCCUUUUCCAGCCGGGACCAACUGCCAAAAAGACCUGCGGCCGCCCCGUCUCCUUGCUCUCUCCACAAACCCCCUUUCCGUUCGCCCGCCGUGUCCCCCUCGUGACGCCAUGGACCCCAACGCCAUCAAGGAGGAGCUGCGCCUGUUCCAGAGCACCCUGCUUCAGGACGGGCUGAAGGAGCUGCUGAAUGAGAACAAGUUUGUGGACUGCACGCUGAAAGUGGGCGACCGCAGCUUCCCUUGCCACCGGCUGAUCAUGGCCGCCUGCAGCCCCUACUUCAGGGAGAUCUUCUUCACCGAGGACGGCAAGGAGGUGGAGAACACCAAGGAGGUGGUCCUGGAGGAUGUCAACCCCUCCGUCCUGGACAUGAUCGUCCAGUACCUCUACUCGGCCGAGAUCGACCUCACCGACGACAACGUCCAGGACAUAAUUGCCGUGGCCAACAGAUUCCAGAUCCCCUCGGUCUUCACGGUGUGUGUCAACUACCUCCAGAAGAAGUUGUCCUUGGGCAACUGCAUGGCCAUCUUCCGGAUGGGCCUGGUGAUCAGCUGCCCCAGGCUCGCCGUGGCUGCGCGCAACUACAUCGCCGACCGCUUCGAACUCCUCCACCAAAACGAGGAGUUCCUCAAGCUCGCCCCCCACGAGCUCUUUGCCGUCAUCGGCGGAGACUCGCUGAACGUGGAGAAGGAGGAGCUGGUGUUCGAGGCCGUGAUGGCCUGGGUCCGCCACGACAAGGAGCGCGUCAAGGUGCUGAAAGACGCGCUCAACUGCGUGCGCUUCCGCCUGCUGCCGGAGAAGUACUUCAAAGACAAAGUGGAGACGAACGAGAUCAUCAAGGCCGACCCGGAGCUCCAGAAGACGAUCCAGGUCAUCAGGGACGCCUUCAAGGGGAAGCUCCCAGAGAGGCCCAAGAAGGAGGAGGGGGAGGAAGGGGCGAGCGAGGAGGGAAGCGAGGAGGAAAGCCCGUUCCCCGGCUUCCUGAAUGACAGCCGCAGACACGGCAUGUACACGCGGGAAUUCAUCGUCAUGAUCAACGACACGGCGGCGGUGGCGUACGACGUCAGCGAGAACGAGUGCUUCCUGGCGGCCAUGUCGGAGCAGGUGCCGCGGAACCACGUCAGCCUGGCGUCCCAGAAGAACCAGCUCUACGUCAUCGGAGGACUGUUUGUGGACGAGGACAACAAAGACGUACCCCUGCAAUGUUACUUCUUCCUGUUGGAUCCACUCACAUCGGAAUGGGCCGCCCUGCCGCCCAUGCCCUCCCCCCGAUGCCUCUUCAACGUCGGCGAGAGCGACAACCUGCUGUUCGCCGUGGCGGGAAAAGACCUCCAGACCAACGAGUCUCUGGACACUGUGAUGUGCUACGAUGUCGAAAAAAUGAAAUGGAGUGAGACCAAAAAGCUUCCUCUGAAGAUCCACGGCCACGCCGUCGUCUCCCACAAAGGAAUGGUCUACUGCAUCGGAGGAAAGACGGAUGACAACAAAGCCCUCAACAAGGUGUUUGCAUACAACCACAAGCAGUCCGAGUGGAGGGAGAUGGCGGCCAUGAAGACAGCCAGGGCCAUGUUCGGCGCCGUCGUCCACGGCGGCAAAAUCCUGGUCGCUGGUGGAGUGAACGAGGAGGGCCUCACCGCCUCGUGUGAGGCCUACGACUUCGCAGCAAACAAGUGGGAGCCCUUCACAGAGUUUCCCCAAGAGAGGAGCUCCGUCAACCUGCUGAGCAACGGCGGCUCGCUGUACGCGGUGGGCGGCUUCGCCAUGGUCCAGACGGAGAGCGACGAGGUGGCCCCCACCGAGGUCACCGACGUCUGGCAGUACGAGGAGGAUAAGAAGCAGUGGGGCGGGAUGCUGAGGGAGAUGCGUUACGCCGCCGGCUCCUCCUGUGUGUCCAUGCGCCUCAACGCUGCCAGGAUGCCCAAACUGUAGACUGAGCUAGCUUCUUUCUUUCUGUCUUACCCCUCCGCCCUCCCCCGCCCUCCCCCAGCCUCUCCUACGACACCUCCUCACACCCACCUCAUCCCCCGGCGAGCUGCCUCCGAGGCGUCUCGUCCUCGGCACUCAGAUUUCAAUGUGUCGAGUUGAUCUUUGACAUUAAUUUCUCCCUGAACUCAGAUGAUUUCUAUCUGUACUAUAAACACUCGCUUCUGCUGCUGCUUCAAAGACUGCACCUUCCCCACAGUAUUAAAGGAAAAAAAACACAAUUUAGAUAUAUAAAGUUGUUUACACCAUUUCUAGUCCUUUUUUCUUUUGUAAAAUAAACAUUUGUAAACUUUC